AUGUUUUCUGGUGAAGGCAAGGCAGCACAACCACCAAACUUCGACGCUCCACCCACUGGAAAAUGGACUACAGGUUUAUUUGAUUGCUUUGAAGACCCUGGAAGUUGUUUUUCUACCUGGUGCUGUCCAAGUUACACCUUUGCUCAGAAUGUUGAAAUAAUAGACCAAGGAAGAACAUCUCCUACAAUUGCACGCUUGAUCGUUAGUGCACUUGGCUGUUUUGGGUGUGCAUGCUUAUAUACAUACAGAUUCAGAAGCAGAUUAAGAGCCCUCUACAACUUACCAGAAGAACCAUGCACGGACUUUUGUGUUCAUUAUUGGUGUUGUAUUUAUGCUAUUUGCCAAGAGUACAGAGAACUUAAAAACCGUGGACUGGACCCCUCAAUAGGUUGGAAGGCAAACGAGGAAAGAAUGAGAAGAGACAACCAAGUGCCUCCUCAUGUUGCCCCGGCCAUGACUCGCUAG